AUGAAAUAUACCAAAUUAUACUCCGUCACAAUUUUUUUGUUCUUAACUUUUGUUCGAUUGGGUCGUACCCAAUUGGGAACUUUUAAUUACUACAAAAAUCUCUUGACAACAUCUGUUGAGCAGGCCUUAAAUUUUACGCCACCUACAAAUGCCUACAUGUAUAAACCUAAAAAUGAUACUAUACUAGACUAUGGUACCUAUGACUUUGUGAUAAUUGGUGCAGGAGUCAGUGGCAGUAUAAUAGCAAAUAGAUUGUCAGAAAUAACUACAUGGAGAAUUCUUUUGAUAGAACCAGGAGACUUUUCAGACGGAGGCUUAAUCCAAGUUCCUGGAUUUUUUAUGUACCAUAAUUCAACAAAAUACAAUUGGGCGUAUACAUCUGUACCUCAAAAAAAUAUUUGCCUUGGUAACCCAAACCAGACAUGUCCAAUUGCUCGAGGAAAAGGAGUAGGUGGAGGCUCUUUAAUCAAUGCACUUGUAUACUGUCGUGGUCCACCUGGAGAUUUCGAUAAAUUAGCAGGACUGGCUCCAAUAGACCUAUCGUAUCACGGUAAAGUUGGUUUAUUACAUGUGGAACAUGGAUUACCAAUGACUGAAUUUGGAAAACAAUUUUUUGACGCCAACCGAGAAAUGGGUUAUGAAUUGAUUGAUUACAAUGGACCGAAUAUGAUUGGAUCCACGUAUAUUCAACGAUUCACCAGACAUGGUGAACGAGAAGAUUUUGGAUCUAUAUUCAUAAGUCCUUACCUUGGAAGACCCAGCUUAAAAGUAAUUACGGGAAGUUACGUUAUUAAGAUUGAAAUAAAUAAAGUGAAUAAGGUGGCUGAAAGUGUUUUGUUCACAAAUGGGGUCAACACUUAUCGUGUAAAAGCUUCAAAAGAGAUUAUUCUAUCCGCUGGUACCAUUGCUAGUCCUCAAAUUCUCAUGCUCUCUGGUGUUGGACCCCAGAAGCAUUUGAAGGACGUGAAUAUUGAAGUUAUCCAAGAUUUGGAAGUUGGUAGUAAGUUGAAAGAUCACAUCGAUUAUCUACUCCCAUUUAGUUCAAAUAUGAAAUUUCAUCAACCAACCCUGUUCGAGGAAUUAUCGGAUUACUUCAAAGGAACUGGAUAUCUAACAUACCCUCCUUCAUUACCUCAAGCUUUAGGGUUUUAUCAAAUAAAUAAAACUGAAACCGGAGUGCCUGAUUUUGAAAUUUUUUCUUUGGUUCCUCAAGAUUUAACAGGAAUGCUGUACAACUCAGUGAAAGAUGCAAAUACUACAUUACAAUAUAUUGGUACAGAAUUUUUCACAAUUAAAUCGACUGGUACCUUGAGACUUAAGAAUAAUAAUCCUUAUGAAUAUCCAUUGAUAGACAUGAAUGCAUUUUCUGAUAAAAACGAUGAUGAUAUAGAUAUGGUAUACCAAAGUAUACGAUUUAUAUUCAAGCUCAUAAAUACCAAACCCUACAGAAAAUAUAAUGUCCAAUAUAUUGAUGAUAAUUCUUCAGCAUGUUCAAAAUAUCCAGUGAAAUCCAAAAAGUACUGGUACUGUAUAUUAAAAGAGAUAGCUUUCCCUGGACUACAUAUGGUAGGCACUUGUUGUAUGGGUAUUGAUCCUAAGAAGGGGGCCGUAGUAGAUUCAAAAUUGAGAGUAUUUGGCAUUAAAAAUUUAAGAGUUGCGGAUGCUAGUGUAUAUCCUGAACUUAUAGCAGGCCACUCGACAAUCCCAUGUGCUACUUUAGCUGAAAAAAUAAGUGACGAUAUUAAAAGAGAUCAUGGAGGAAUUGUAUUUGAAAACUAA